CAAAAAAACGUGUUAAUGUUUUGCCAUGGUCAUAUUCUUCUAACCAUCCAUGGUCAUGGUCGUAUAGGACCCAAAACGACGACGUUUCCCUUUCUCUAAGUUCUCCUCCUCCACAUCAAGAGAGAGAAUCGGUUUUUGGCUUUUGCAUCAGCCGCUUCGUGUUUUUUUCUUCAAUAACGGAAAAGUAUGGUUUCCGACUUGGACCUUGUGACCAGACUCCGUGAGAUUCUCGGUAGCUCCGACCUAGAAAAGGCGACUCCGGCUAGCGUCCGUCGUCAACUCGAGACGGAUUUCGGUGUCGACUUUACUGAUAAGAAAGCCUUCAUUAGGGAUCAAAUCGACGCUUUUCUCGAGACCAAUGGUGCUGUAGAAGAAGAAGAAGAAGAAGAAGAGACCCCUAAGGCAGAACAUGACAGUGAUGCCGACGGAAUCAAGUCGGAAAUUGAAGUAGCUGAUGGAGAAGGCGAAGACGGCGACGGAGAUGGAGGAAGUGAAAGUGAAGAGGAGAAGGAGGAACGGCCAGUAAAGGCCAAGAAACGAGGAGGUGGCUUUACCAAAGUAUCUCAGCUUUCUCCACAGCUUGAGAAGGUUGUUGGUACAUCUCAGUUAGCUCGAACCGAGGUUGUGAGGAAAUUGUGGGAUUAUAUCAAAGAGAAGGAUUUGCAGGACCCAAAGGACAGGAGGAAGAUUGUGUGUGACGAGUUGCUUCAUUCCUUGUUCCGUGUCAAGACCAUUAAUAUGUUUCAGAUGAACAAGGCUCUAACCAAGCAUAUUUGGCCCUUAGGCGAGGGAGAUGAAUAUGAUGCUGAAGAUGAGGCAUCGGAGGGAACAGACAAGAAAGGGGAGCAAAACGAAGAAGUGGGAGAGAAUAAGGUUGAAGAAAGUGAAGAUGAGGAAGUUAGGAAUUUGCGGAAACGCAAGAGAAAAACGCCUGCCAAGUCGGUAGAGAAGCCCAAGAGAAAAGGAGGAGGCGGCGGCUUUGCUAAAAUUUGCAGCCUCUCACCGGAGCUUCAGGCAUUUACUGGGGUGACAGAAUUAGCCAGGACAGAGGUGGUGAAGUUGCUUUGGAAGUACAUAAAGGAGAACAAAUUGCAAGAUCCGAAUGAUGGACGCACAAUAAUAUGCGAUGAGUCAUUGCGAUCUCUGUUCCCGUUCGAGUCAAUCAAUAUGUUUCAGAUGAAUAAACUGCUAACAAAGCACAUAUGGCCUCUAGAGGAUAAUGCAGGAGAAUCAAUUAGCUCUAACUCCCCAAAGAAUGGAAAGCAAAAAAUGGAAUCAGUUGGAGAUAGUGAGGAACCAGACGAGGAAGAUCCUUCUGGCAAGAGGAGAGUCAUAUGCGAUGAGAAGCUGAAAGAACUUUUUGAAGUUGAUUCACUGGAAGACACAUCCAUCGGUCUCAAAACAUCUGUCUGACCAACCACUUCAUCAAGACUGAACAAUGACUCUUUUAGGAAGUUGCCAGUUUUUAUAAUAUUUUCCACGUAGGCAAAACACAGUUCUCCACAAAGUCGGUUUGAUUUCCUGGACAAUUUUUUUGGAUCAGUAGAGGUCAGUUCAGGAAACCCGACAAAGCCGUUGCAUUGAUUUAGUCUCCUUCACAGGUAUAAGUUAAAAAGACUACAAAUGUAUCUCGAAUGUGUAAGCAUAUUGCGUUUUCUGAAUUUGCUUGCAAGUGCAGCCUUUUUGGAGUUUGUUUCUAAUAUUAACCCUUUUGGUAUAUAGACUGACAAAAAUCAUUUCCUA